AUGGCCGUGACAUCGGUAGAGUCUCUUAUUUUGGAUCUGCCUCCAAGUUGCAUAGAAUUUUGUGUUUCACAUCCGAAAUACUUUGUAGUUGGCACUUAUAACUUGGUCAAAGAAGAGCAAACGGCAACAGCACCGGACGAGACAAGUUCGUCAACAGGCAAAAGGCCGCAAAAUCGCAAUGGUAGCCUUCUUGUCUUCCGAGUAGACAACAUGACGCUACUCCAUGUCCAAACGAUAUUUCAUCCUUCGGCGAUUCUAGACCUUCAUUUCUGCCCCCUGCCAGGCAGACAUGACAUCCUGGCUGUGGUGUCCAGUACGGGGACGCUGUCCAUCUUUCGGUUGGACCCAGACGUGGAUAUGUUAGAGCCGCUAAAACAUCUAGCAACCAGCAGAAUCGCCAACGUUCCCGAAGGUGUCCUUUUCCUUUCCGGUGUCUGGAGCUUCCAUGACCCGGCUUUGAUUGCCCUCACAACAUCAACAGGCGAAGUGCGUUUCGUGAAGCUUGAUGAUGCUUGGAAGAUGAUUGAUGACGAUGCUGAAGCUGCCAUCGCGCAUUCUCUGGAGGCUUGGACAGUCGCCUUCUCCCCGUGCGAGGGAAAUGGGGCUCAAGUAACCAGCUCGAGCGACGGUACGCAGCUUACCCCCUUCGUCAUCUACUCAGGUGGGGAUGACUCUGCACUGCGGUAUGUAUCGUAUGCAGACAACAGCAAAGUCGAGACAGAUGGCUCGGGUCCAUCCAUGUGCAUACAGUUUCCUCCUCUUAAGAUUGAUGGCCAUGGUGCUGGGGUGACAGCCAUUCUCACGGUCCCGGUUCGACUCGCAGACGGCUCAUGGAUCCUUGUGACCGGUAGCUACGACGACAAUAUACGAGUUUUCGCUGUCCAGCCUCCACAUGAGGUUUACGGACUUCGCAAAUUCAAGCGGCUAGCAGAGGAGAACUUAGGAGGCGGGGUUUGGAGACUCAAGCUGAUCGACAUCCGCCAGAAAGACAACCACUGCCACCUGAGAGUUCUAGCCUCGUGUAUGCAUGCUGGCGCAAGAGUCAUCGAGCUUAAGGGACCACUGGGUGAGGGGGAAUGGGAGAUUACGGUUCUAGCACGGUUUGAAGAACAUAAGAGCAUGAACUAUGGCAGCGACUAUGCACCGAAUAUUGGUGACGGUCGCCUUAUUGUUGUAUCUACAAGUUUCUACGACAAGCUACUCUGUCUAUGGGAAACCACACUACCUUGA